UCCGCCUGCCGUGUGACGUCCUUUCCGGUCUAACCUCCAACAUGGAUGCCAGCCGCGUGCAGCCGAUCAAGCUCGCAAGAGUUACCAGAGUGCUGGGAAGAACUGGCUCCCAGGGACAAUGUACACAGGUCCGUGUUGAGUUCAUGGAUGACAGCAACCGUUCCAUCAUCAGGAACGUGAAGGGCCCAGUCAGGGAAGGAGAUGUGCUGACACUUCUGGAGUCUGAAAGAGAAGCCAGGAGGCUGCGAUAGAGCCCAUUCAAACUAUGUGGUGCAGACCAGACGCUGUGGAGCAGAAACAUACAACCUGUCACUUUCACACGCCUUGGCCUCCAUCUUGUUAGUUGUUUUUCAAAUAAAUAUGGUCACUGAGAGAAGAA